GCAGCUGGCGCUAUUGUGCCAAAAGGAGCGAGUCCUCCAGCGUCCAGUGAAGCAGCUGUUAACGUCCCCAGGACCACGGCAGCCUGUCCGCUCCCAGCUGGACAGAGAUGGGCUCCAGGUUACCGCCAGCAGCGCUUUCUUUAAAGCAGUUCCUACAGAGGCAGAAGGUUCUGGGAGUUUACAGGAGCAUGCUGAGGACCAUCCGCCAAGUUCCGGACGAGGCGGACAGGAAGUACCUGAGAGGCUGGGCCAGGGAGGAAUUCAAGAGGAACAAGAACGCCACCAACCAGGAUGCUAUCCGCAUGAUGAUCACACAGGCCACCAACCACCUGGAGGAGCUGCAGAAGUCUCUGUUGCUGGCGAGAAGCUGACCUCUGCGUUCUUCAGGAGUGUUCUUUACUUUUCUUCAGUGAAGAAAAUCAGGAUUUCAGUUGGACUGACAGUAUGAUACGCCACCUGGUGGCCCUGUGUGUUCAUGACAUCCAUGUGUGAGGCAAGUGCAGCAUCUGCCAAUCAGGUAUUUCAUGUAAAUAAAAAAGGCAAUAAAGAAACUUUUAU